AUGAGUUGUCUGACGGAGGAAUCCGAUGGUUUUGAUUAUCCUGGAGGUAUUGAAGUGACAUACAGUCUCCAUAGACUGAUGCACUUUAACUGUGAAGGAAAAAAUCCUCGUUAUGCUUAUCCUCAGUUGGUCAAGCUUUAUGCUAAAUUAGGAGUUCACAGAUAUUUUUUAUUUUAGGGAAAGAACCUAAAGUUCUGUAAGCUAAAGAGUUUUAACAUGAGGAUUAAUUGCGGUGCUUCCUCUUACUACAUCACUUUGGAUGCACGUUGCGGUUUUCCGAAAUUCCCUUUUCAGGUUCUCGUUAAUGAAAGGAUGAUUGGCUGUUUAGAUUUGGCUGUGUCUAUCGCUAGACCUCGAACUCACGUGAUUCCAAAGCCGUACCUGCGUAGACAUUGUGAACCAGCGCGUCUUGAUACAGAAUUCAACCCAUUACCUGAUUGGCCUCCAGAGAUUGCUUUUAGUGAUGCUAAACGGUUUUACAUGGUGAAUAAGUAUGAGUUGCAAAACAAUGGUUGGAUUUCACUUUAUUUGGAACUUGCACUCGUUAGUCACGUAAGGGAUCUUACUGAUCAUUAUCUGGCCCAGUUGGAGAUUGUGCAGGUAGCUGUAGAGACUGUUGAUGAUGUGAAGCCCCCGACACUUGACUCCAAAAACGUGGUUAUUUACAUAGUGUAUAGAGACUUUGCCGCUGGCGAGCCAUGUGAUAGCAAAGCUAUCGUCAGACGCAGUUUCAAUGAAGUUACUGAAGGUUUGAAAUUUGUGGGUGACUAUUGGAGUGAAGAGAAAAAAGCUUUGAGUACUACUGAGACGGCUUCUGUUGUUAAAGUAACUGAAAAACGUUCUAUGCAUCUCUCGGGUGGUGAGAAAACUGAGAAACGUUGUAAGAAGAAGAAACGUUUAGGUGUCCACCACAGGCUAUGGCGUUUAUCUGAUCCCAGGUGUCAUCAGGCAUACAAAAGCCGUGCUUCCGCUCGUCGUCGUCAGUGAUGAUUUGCGAUUUAUCAAGUAGGGCUGUGAUAUAAUGAAAAUGUAGAUCAAAUGGAUUUAACUAUUUAUUAAUGUCAACUAUGUUAUUUUGUGCUAAGACCAUGAUUAAUGGGUUUUUUUAGGGGUGGGGUUCUUAGGGUAAUUUAAUAACCGGUUCUUAGCUUUAACAAAGAAAAAGUUUAAGAACCGGUUCUUAUUUAAUAAUCGGUUUUUAGCUUUUUUUUUUUGUUAAAGUUAAGAAUCAAUUAUUAAAUUAUGCUAAUAAUCCCACCCCUAAAAAACCCAUUAAUCAUGCUUUAAGACCAUCAUUAACCUCAUUCUCUUAACUGGGAUUUUUAGUUUCGGCUAAGAGACGGUUCUUAGCUUUUCUUAGUUUUUUAAUUAAGAAAAACUAAGAACUGUCUCUUAAAUAAGAGAUAUAAGAGUCGUCUUUUAACCAAAAAUUGUAAAAAAAAACAAAAAUAUGUUAAAUCAUGAGUUAAGAACCCAGCUAAAAGACAGGAGUUAAUCAUGCAAGUGUUUGCCUCUUUGUACGCUUAUUUAAGUGUUGUACUGUUUUCUUUGAUGACUUGACUUACUAAAAUAUCAGUGCAUUAUUAUAUAGAUACGGUGCUUCAUUUUCUUUCACAGUAUUUUGAUUACUAAUAUAUUAAUCUUAAUAAACAGUUUCUUUUCAUGAUUCUACCUGGUAAUAAAAAGAAACUGUUACACUGAAUGACAGUUGGCUGAACUUUGAGAGAGCCAGAACUUUGAGAUCGAAUUGUAGUUAUAUUAGUGUUUGUUCUUUCUUUUCGGACUAGAUUUUUAGUAAGUAGAUCGAAAUCUUGUUACAUAAGCGAAUGUUUAUUGGAGUUUGUAGCUUUGGUUGUUGUGUAGAUAUCUCAAUAAUGGACAAUAGUCUUUGAUCUCUAAAGAAUGAGUGUAAAAAUAUAACUGAUGAAACAAUGUACUAUAUAUAUAAAAGAUUCGAACCAGUUUAGUAAUUAACAAUUGAUUUCGAGUUGGAAAUACAUGAUACAUCUCAAUUUAAUUUCUUGGUACUUUAGCAUUGCAGUAUCUGGGUCAAUCGCUUCUAUCAAAUACUUACUGGCUUCUUUGUAAAAAAAUUUAGAACUUUUGCUAAAAAAAAACUUAGCAGCGUAAAAGAAUCCCGCCUGUGGGGCCGUUGGUGACGUGUCACAUUUUCCCUUUCUCUUCAUCUUCAUUAAACAAAAGUCAAAUGGUCAACACAGUGGCAUAGUCGUAAAUGCAGCAACCUUAGUACCUCCCGUUUUCGUCCUCGCCGGCAAAGUUUCCGUCGUUGUUUCUCUUCAAUCUCCCACCACGAAGAAUCUAAGGGGGGCGAUGAAGCAUAUCUUCAGAAGCAACCCCUUCUUCCGUCGCCGAGAGCACCUCUUCGAUGACCUCUCCCGCUCCAAUUUCUGUUACGAAUCGUUCGGAUUACAUAUCCUCCUCAGACGAGGAAUACCAAAAGUGCAGUUAGCCCUAGCGGAAGAUUCCAGUAUAGUAUUGACAAGGUGGACUGUAAAAAAGAAAUGAGUUCAAGGCAGCACUGAACACUUGUAUAUGCCCUCUUGGCUCUUGGAUUUGUAAAUAUCGGUCUCUCCAGGCAUCGUGCUCUGCUUUUCAAGCCCGAGUGGAUGGCUCCAGAAGUUUUACGCAAUGAGCCUUCAAAUGGAAAGUGAGUAGCUUACACCUUCACCUCUACUACAAAAGUUUUACUCUUUACUAAGGAGAACAAAAUAAGAGUUUGUGGCUGCUUUUCCGCACUUUCGGGGUGAUUCUAUUGGAACUAGCAACAUUGAGAUUGCCUUGGCGAGGAAUGAACCCGAUGCAAGUAGUAGGAGCAGUUGGUUUCCAGAAUCGCCCGUCUUGAGAUCCCAAAGGAACUUGAUCCUGUGGUGUGGUGGGAAGGAUCAUCUUGGAAUGUUGGCUAACAGAUUCGAAUCUGUGGCCCUCCUUUGCUCACUGACGGAAGUCCUGAAGCCUUUGCUUCCUUCACCACAAGAGUUUCCAACUGCGAAUAUAUGAAACACGGUUAAUCAUACUACCAUGCUUCAUAAGUCUAAGAUUUGAGGAAUGUAGAUGAAAUCAAUCUCUAUAUGUUUUGGUGUAUUUGUUAUAGGAAAAGCCGCAAUGCUGUGCUUAAUAUUAUUGGGUUAUAAACUUUGUUUCCCGCAAUGGACGCUUAUCGCUCAGAGGCCAAAGCUUUUCCAUCAAUAUCAUCAAUUCUAAUAUACUGUUCGAUUACAAAAUUUAAUAAUAUUGUUUGUUAACUUUU